CAGGCUAUGCCAAUCCUAAUCCAUUAACUUUGUGUACAGUUCAUAUUAUCAUGUUGUUUGGAAAAAAUUUACCCUUAUUAUUGUGUCGCCACAAACGGGUAAAUAAACAUCAAGACAAUGACAACAGAUGUGGUACAAUCAAUAAAUCAUAUAAAACACUAGUGCAAGAAUAAGGUUUUGAAUGAUCUCUUGUUGAACUGUGAAGCAUGGAGUCUUACCUUCAGCUUCAAGCUCUCACGGUUCUUGGGCUUGUUUUCAUUGUUGUUUGUCUCAAUAUGAUCAUGGCCAAAUCCAAGCUCCACAAGAAGAGAGACAGAACACCUCCAGAGCCAGCCGGAGCGUGGCCUCUCAUCGGUCACCUCCAUCUUCUCGGGGCAAACAAGCUACUGCAUCGAACGUUGGGCGCCAUGGCCGAUAACUAUGGACCGGCCAUCUCUAUCCGUCUAGGCAUUAAACAAGCUCUUGUGGUUAGUAGCUGGGAAGUUGCAAAAGAGUGUUUCACCACAAAUGAUAAAAUCUUCUCAACCCGACCAAAAUCUUUAGCUCUAAAGCUCAUGGCCUAUGACCACGCCGUGCUUGGCUUCGCUCCUUAUGGACCAUACUGGCGCGAUUUACGCAAGCUAGCAAUGAUUGAGCUCCUAUCAAGCCAUAGACUUGAGAUUCUUAAGCAUGUCCGGGACUCAGAGGUCAAUUUUUUCAUGAAAGAGGUAUAUGAGCAGUGGGGGGGAGGGAAAGGGAGUAGGAAACCGGUGUUGGUGGAAAUGAAGGAGAAGUUUGGGGACUUGGUAAUGAAAAUAAUUCUAAGAAUUGUUAAUAAGAAUUACCGGUAUGUUGGCAACAGUAGAAGCAGCAAGGAGGAGUCGAGGAGAUGCCAGAAGGCUUUGGGAGAUUUUAUGCGUCUAGUGGGCUUGCUUCUGAUUUCUGAUGCAAUUCCAUUUCUUGGUUGGUUUGAUGUGCUGAAUGGAUAUAGGGGCAAAAUGAAGAGAUCUGCAAGAGAGGUGGAUGAUGUGAUUGGGAGCUGGGUGGAGGAACACCGGCGAAAGAGAGUUGCUGGAAGCAUCGAUGAGGGGGAGCAAGAUUUCAUCGAUGUCCUGAUAUCUGCCAUGGAGGAGAGUCAGCUUUCCCAUGGCCAUGACACUGAUACUGUCAUCAAGGCCAUUUGCUUGAGUAUGAUUUUAGGUGGCAAUGAAACGACAGGAGUCUCUUUGACGUGGGCGAUCUCCUUACUACUGAACAACCGUCACGUACUAAAGAAAGCCCAAGAUGAGUUGGACAUCCACGUGGGCAAGAACCGCCAAGUGGAUGAAUCUGAUAUAAAAAAUCUUUUAUACUUGCAAGCCAUUGUUAAGGAAACAUUGCGGCUAUACCCUGCCCUGCCAUUGUCAUUGGCACGUGAAGCCAUGGAAGACUGCACCGUUGCUGGCUUCCACAUCCCCGCUGGCACACGCCUGUUAGUUAACCUCUGGAAGUUGCACCGUGACCCAAACAUUUGGUCUAACCCCUUAGAUUUUCAACCCGAGAGGUUUCUUGUGGAUCAGAUAGAUUUGGAUGUCAAGGGUCUCCAUUUUGAAUUUGUACCAUUUGGAUCUGGCAGGAGGAUAUGCCCUGGGAUCACAUUUGCACUUCAGGUCUUGCAUUUAACAUUGGCUAGGCUACUUCAUGGCUUCGAAUUGGGAACGGUCUCAGACUUGGAGGUUAAUAUGACUGAAAGUCCGGGGCUGAGUGCUCCAAAAGCAACUCCAGUGGAGGUCCUCCUCACCCCACGACUCUCUUCCGCGCUAUACAACUGCUAAGCACCAUCUUAAAAAGGAACAAGUUAGGUAGAUCACAGCAGCUUACGAGUAUUUAUGUAAAGAAUUUGAACAGCACUUUACUUAUAUUUGCAAAUUCAAUCUAUAAUGUACGGUGUAAUGCCCUAUUUGCAUAUCGCUUUUAAAGCUAUUAACUUCUUGCAAGCAUUAAUUGAUUUCA